CACGCGCGUUGACGUUCCACCCCCCAGCGCGCGUGCAUCACGUAAAAGGACUUGGUAAUGGCUACUCACAUCUUUCAGAAUUUACAAUGGCACACGUUGUACUUCAUUUAUUCUCACUUCUCGUGUGUAGUUUAGUUCCGUUGUCAGGUGGAUUCCAUACAGCUAGACUAAAAUUAACCAAGACAGUUGUUGCCUUUCCACGGAGGGAACUGCAAGGGUAUGCGCCCAGCAACACACAGCGCCUGCUGCAAGCCAACGGGUCGAUAUAUGCAGGAUCUGGGCAACUUCUAUUUCGUCUGAGUUUCCAAACGGAAUAUUCUCAGGAGCAGAUCCCUGAUACGCUGUGCACAGAUUCAGCAUGUGGUAUAACCGUGAUGCAACCAGGGAAAGAUGGGUAUCCUCUAUUGGUGUGCACAGCCAAAGGAGACCAAACCAACUGCUGUCACAUGGAUACCAAUGGGUCCUUAGAUGACUGCAGAAAGGGUUUCACUAGAGGAGGAGAGCCUGCACUUCUCACUGGAGAUGCCCUGUAUACCACAUACUCGGGCGCUGGCUACAGAAAUGGGGUUUACCGAAGCCAACAGGGUACACUACUUAUGCCCUCAGGUCAAGCUGAUCAAAGGUAUGUGAAGAUCUUAGAAAAGCGCGAUAGAGACUCCCCACUGCAAGACAGGUUGUAUGCCUUCUACACGGAGAAGACUUUGGACCAGGACCAACAGUCUGACAUAUUCAUCCCACGUGUGUCUCAGAUCUGCAUGUCUGAUGUGGGCGGAUCGAAGGACAUCCUCCAGUAUCAGUGGACAUCCCAACUGAUUGGGCGUCUGUCGUGUGGGGACCCCGACAGGAAUCUGUUCUACAGCGAGCUAUUGGACGUGGCCGUACUGCCCUCUGCACAAGGAGAAUCUGACCUCCUCUACGGCCUCUUCAGAAACGCAUGGGAGAUGAGAGCUGUGUGUGUCUACUCUAUGAAUGACAUAAGUCAAGUCUUCUCCACCUCUGACUUCACAAUUCCCACUGACUCUUUCGUAGAGCGGCCUGGUGAGUGUGUAAGUGACAGCCGGAAACUCUCUCCAGACCUGCUGAAGUUCAUGAAGAAAGGCCCAGAGGUGGUGGAGUGGGUAAAGCCUGUGGGUAAUCGGCCCCCUCUGCUGGUUAGUCAUCGGCACUACACCCACAUCCAGGUGGACUCUGUUGGAGGACAAGAUAUACAGGAUACUCACAAGGUCCUGCUGCUGUCUAUGGAGAGUGGUGCCGUUCAUAAAGUCCUGGAGAAUGGCUCUGACCCCUUCAUCAUUGCUGAGUAUCAUCCUUUUCAACCCGGAACCCACAUCCUCAGCAUGCUGCUGGACAGCUCUGAGAAGAAGCUGUAUGUGGGCUCCAGUGCUGAGGUGGUCCAGAUUGACCUGAAGACCUGCAGUGUGUACGGAAAGCGCUGUGAGGACUGCAUCUUAGCCAGAGACCCCUACUGUGGCUGGGACCAUGAACAGAAGAUGUGCUCACCUUAUUCACAGAACACCAUUCAAUAUGUUGAAGAUGGAGAUUUCCAUAAAUGCACAGAUGGGGUGACAAGUCCCAGCACAGGAGGCGGAGCAAAGAAGGGCACAUUUGGGAUUCAGGAGUCCUCCAGACACUACCUGUCGUGCCCUGUGCUGUCCCAGCAUGCCGAGUACCGCUGGCUGCAUGACGGGCAGGAGAGGAGCGCUCUGAUGGACAGGGACCAGAGUCAGCUGGUGCUGCUGAUAGAGGACAUGGGAGCCUCAGAUCAGGGUCUCUACCGCUGUGUCUCCAGUGAGGGGGACUACAACAAGACUGUGGCCCAGUACUCACUCAGGCUGUCAAGUGGAGGGCAGGGGACCAGGGGCAACAUUCUGGCUCUGGUCUCAGUGGUGGUUAUGGGUCUACUGCUCAGCUAGCGUCCUGGGAGGGCAAUGACCUGCUGGGUAGGUCAUAGACCAAGGAUACAAAGAGUAUAUCUAUAUGGCUAGUACUGAGCAGCUGUGAUUGGCUCUGAUGGCAGACUGCCAUUCACUUAGAGCUGGCUCUGAGUGACUUGAAAGGGCUCAUAGCAUGAAGUAGAUCUUCACUGAAAUUACAUUGUAAUGAUUAAAUUUCUUUCAUUCUUUUAUAACACAGUUACCGUACGUAAGUUGAGAAUGUACAGUAUAUUACAUCAUAUAUCCUAUGCAACAAUGUACUUCAAAGAUCAGUGAUAUACUGAGAUUGAGCUAUCCAUUCAAAACUACUCAUGUUUGUUACAUGUUUCAUGUUUAUGAUGUUUAUAAUUCACUAGGCUGCUUCCUUGAUGGCCUGUCCACUUCAAUUCUGUUACAGGUUCUGCGUUCUACAAAUUGGACGUUCUGUUAUGUUGCUAAUUGGAUAACAUGUAGUUAGCAUAGCACGACACUAACUGUGACUAACUGGAAUGUGAAGAUUGUAUGUAUCUUAAACUACCUCAAACGAUUUUUGUUUUCUAUGCUGUAUCAGCCUGUGCCCCUACAUAGGGCUUUUGUGUUUAACCUUUUUCUUCAUUUCAGCACUUUGUGAAAUUAAUGUUUAUUAUUUAUUGAAUAAACCAGGAUCAGGACCACAUAAGUUUGUUCAGCAAUAUAUGCAAUAUUUUCACGAGUUGACUUUUCAGAAAAUUGACUCAAUGUCACCUCGACUACAUCUCAAAAACUGGUGUCAGGGGAGAGCUUAACUCCAUAAGCUGUCUGUAUGAAUCAGGGCGGGGGGACUGGGAAUAAAAAAGCCUGCACAUUUUUGUGUGGAGCACUCUAAAUUGUGGGCCAUUGUACUAAAUGCAAGACACUUAACACCAUCGUCCUCUGAGGACUGUCUGACCACUGGGAAAGGCCCUGUAUGCCAGACUAUCAGCAAAGCCAUGAAUGCUGUUCAUUUGGAGGACUCCCUGAUGGAAGAAAUGCUGCACAUGACCCCCACAUUGCAGAACUUGCUGUUGGAGGAAGAGAACGAUGAUUAGCUGGACUAAUAAUAGUCAUCACAGGGGGACUAGUUUACGAUUUGCCUUAUCGAGUCAACAACAUGUAGGCCUAAUGAAACUAAUG